GCUUCAUUCUUUUGAAGUGCGUGUCAGAGCUCAUUUGAUGGAAUAACUAAAUUGGAUGGAGGAAGUCAACUUUAUACUGGAUUAACUUGUUUGGUGGACUAUCAGAUCUAGAUUAGAUUUUUUCCACAUUUUUGCAGUUUCUUUAAUUUCUUAUUGCUUUAGUUUUAGACUUUAAAACGAUUUCUUGACUCAAGACAAGUGGUCUUUACACACACUUUGUACCAUGGCAAACUCUUGUCUCCAACUGAGCGGCUUUCUCCUUAGCUUCCUCGGCUGGCUUGGUAUCAUGAUUGCAACAUCCACAAACGACUGGGUGACUAUGUGUAAAUAUGGGUUGAACACCUGCAAAAAGAUGGAUGAGUUGGGAGCCAAGGGACCCUGGGCGGACUGUGUCAUCUCUACAGCGCUCUACCACUGCGUGACCCUAACUCAGAUCCUUGACCUGCCAGCCUACAUCCAGACAACUCGAGCGCUGAUGGUUACAGGAUCUAUCCUAGGUCUCCCAGCAGUGGGAAUCAUCCUUAUGUCCAUGCCCUGCAUCAGCCUUGGAAAUGAACCCCAGAGCUCCAAGAACAAGCGUGCCAUCUUGGGAGGUGUACUGAUACUUAUAGUUUCAUUGUGUGGUAUGGUGUCUACCAUCUGGUUUCCCAUCGGCGCCCACCAGGAGCAAGGCCUCAUGUCUUUCGGCUUCUCCCUCUACACUGGAUGGGUGGGCACUAUCUUUUGCUUGCUGGGUGGAUCCAUCCUUACCUGCUCAUCUGAAUCCUCCUCUCGCUCCUACCAGGAAAAUAAUUUUUACUACUCCAAACAGGGGGGUGGCAACCUGCCAGCUGCCUCCUCCACCAACCAUGCCAAGAGCGCCCACGUCUGAGUUUGAAGAGAUUCUGAAACCUACAUGGAUGUGUAGGGGACUGUGUUUGUAUAUAGACUUGUGCACAAAAGCAAACAAAUACCUACUCAUGUUAAGUACAAAUCAAUUUGCAUGUCAGUCAGUACUGGAGGAGAAAGAGACAUAUUCACACUCUCUUUCUUUUAGAUUAUAUGGAGGAAGAAAUGCAGAAAGUUUGAGUAAAUGAGCACACAAACAUAAAGUGCACUGAAAUCUGGAUGUAAAAAGACUGUUUUGCUUGAGCUUUGGUUUUGUUCUGCAGAGGUCAUCUUUCAGCCUCCUUAUGUUGGAUGUGGACUCACCCCACUGUUACCUAAUAUACAGUUUCCUAAAUAAAAGGAAUUUUUGUCUAUCAUGUACCCAAAGAUGAAAUCCUGUGAAUGCCUUUGUUGAUGAUUAUUUUUCGUUCUUUCUUUCUUUCUUUCAUUUUCUUGCCAAAAUAAAAAAAGAUUACCUUAUGUUUUGAUUAAAGCAGGGUAUGACAGUAUUAUAGUUUGGACUAAAAUGUGUUCAUAUUGUUUAUGUACAUUGAUUUUUCUCUGACAGUAUUGUACCACUCUUAAGUGACAGACAUGAUUGAAAUAUUGUAGCAGUGCAUUUCCAAGCAUGAUCCGAAGAUAAUGAAUAUGGCAAGAAAGUUUUAUCCAGCAGUAUAAUGCUCUUUGUUGAAUUCUCAGUAUUUGCACUGUAAUAACUUAUUGUACAGUUCAAUUUUUAAUCCUUUUUUCAUUACUAACGUCUGUUUUAGGUAAGAAUAAUUACAUGGCAUAACAAAAGCAUCAUGUAUUUCUAGAGAAGUGUUUGAACAUGUCUGUAGAUGAAAACAUAUUUUUCUGUGUGCACUAAAUCAGCAUCAUGCAGAUGAGCUUCUCUCUAAGGACCUGAUAUUUCCAGCUCAGAUGCAGUGUCAGUUAUGGAUAUUUAUUGUUUCCCAGACAUGCUACGGUUAUUUUUUUUAACAAUAAAGCAUUAAAUGAUUUAAAA